GGUCCGUUCUCGUCACUAGCAUGUUCACUAGAGCCUUUAGCUGUGAAGAGCGAAGAAACCGAAGAGGAAGAGGUUGUUUCGUCGGCGAAGAAAAUUCGCAAAAAUCGGACGAAACGACAAGAAAAGCCACCUUACAGCUAUAUUGCCCUGAUCGCUAUGGCUAUACAAAAGCGACCGGACAAACGAGCCACAUUAGCCGAAAUCUACACGUUCCUUCAGGAGCACUUUGAUUUCUUUCGAGAGGCAGGAAAGGGCCAUAAGUGGACGAUCUCGGAUAACUGCGAAUUUCUUCUUGAAGAGGGCGCUUUUCGUCGACGACCCCGAGGAUACAAAGCGAGAAAGCGACCUGCAUAUGGUCAAUUCGUACCGUUGCUCGAAAACAAUAUGCGUACUGCACUAAAGAUGUCGAUUCCGUAA